UUGAGUAAAAUGGAAGCGACCCAUGCUUAGUGGACUGAAGUGUUGUGGGAUCUCAGAAAGAUGGCAGUGUACGCUGUACUUAAUACAUUAAAGACAUUGAGAUUGAUUUCGACAAAUACUUGCACGGAGCAUUAUGUAAACAACGUUAUUUACAGAAUCCAGACGUGCGGAUAUGCCAAGAAAGCCACUGGAAAAGGAAAAGGGAAAGGCAUGGCGAAAGAUACUCUGAAGGGCCCAGAAGUGUGUAAGGACCCAGUGAUGUUAACAACUCAUGCCAUGGGGGUGAACAUCUUCAAACAAGGGCAGGACCCCCCACUGAGGCCCCGUGAGGAGUACCCGGAGUGGUUGUUCCAGUUGAACCUGGGGCCUCGCAAGAAACUGAAUGAGCUGGACCCAGAGAGUUAUGAAUACUGGAAGCUGCGGAGAAAGGAGCAUAUUUGGCGCUUCAACCGAUUACACAAGGGCAAAAAAUUUUAGAAGACAGGGCUGCACCAGCCAUCUCUGUUUUCAGCCCCAAAGGCAUGCACUCUCUGGAUGUUGACAUGUGGCGUUACUGGAUAUGGACAUGGCAGCUGUCCUUGCUGACACCUCACACCUGGGAAACCUCUCCAGCUUACAUCAUUUAGGUCACCAGAUAUGACUUUACUAGUUCUGACAUUUUACUUUUCAUUUAAAAAUGUGAUGUCAGGGUUGUCUCUCCUCAGCAGCCUCAGGCUGCUUGUCAUUUCUGCAGGAGGGACAGGUUUGCCAGCAGUGAGAAACAGGUUAUCCUGUACAGGAAGUCUACUAAUGGCACGAUGAAGCUUGAAAUAUAACCAGGAACAUCUCCAAGAGGGUCCACUUCAAGGCAAUGUUGAUGGUUUCCUGUCUGAAAUGAAAAUGGUAUGCAGCGAGAAUGUAUUGUAAGAAUGUUAUUGUUUUAGAAUACCGUCAUUUGAGUAAAGUCAGUGGA